CCGGGGUCCAGCCGGCAGCCCACCCCCCGCAGAGGGUCCGGCUCCGGGGGGCCCGGGGCCGUCCGUGCGCCCGCUGCCCCCCACCCCCGUUCCCCGCGGGGCCCCGCGCCCGCGCCCCACUUGCAGCGCCCCCGCCCCGCCCCCUGGCGCAGCGCGGUCUCCGUCCCGGGGAGAAGUCGGGCGUCCGGUCCGGGCGGGGGAAAAGGUGGGGGGCACUCGAGCCGGACCCCCGCAGCCGCGCCCCCCUCCCCGCCUCUUGUGGAAGACCCGGGGGCUCACUUCCCGCGGGGACCUCGGCCGCCCCCCCCCCGCCCGAGUGGCCGCGCUCGGCGGGAAGCAGCAGGUCGGGCGCGGAGGGGGUCGGGGGGUCCGGCGGAGCUGGGGAGCCCCGCACCCGCGCCCCCCGCGCCCCCCGCACGCCGCGGCCAGCGCGCACGGCCGGCUCGGCGCCUCCGCGAGGAGUGUGUCCGCGGCGCCCGGGAGGCGGGCGGGGCGCCGUCCGGGGGGGGGGCGGCGGCGCGGGACGGGGCGCGGCGGGGGGCUCGGGGGGAGGCGCGAGGGGCGGCGCCGCGAGGGCAACAGCUACCCCUAGUGGGGGAGCCGCGGGUCCCCGCGCCCGCCGCCCGCCAGCCCCCGGCCCCCCUCCGGGCCCCAGCCGGCCGAGGGCUGACCCGGGGACGCGAUGGGACGGGGCGGGCGGGGCGCGUGCGGGGCGCGGGGCUGAGCUCGCGCGGGCGGGGGCCGGGGGCCGCGGGGCCCCAAGUUGCCUGGCGGCGGAGGGGGGGCCGGGCAGCGUUGGGGGGCGGCGUUGGCGGCGGCGCGCGGGAAGCGGCCCGGAGCGGGCGGCGUUGGCGGCGGCGCGGCAGGCUCGCUCGCUCAGGUGCGCGGGGCGCCCGCAGUCCCGGGCCGCACACACACACACACCCCCCGCGCCCCGGGCGCUCCCUCGGGCUCAGGUUGCAGGGCGGGCCGGGGGCGGAGCCUGCGCGGCCGCGGCCAUAAAGGCGCUCCCGCACGCCGCCGUCCAGAUGCCGCGCCGGGCGGCGGGGCGGCGGGCGGCGGGCGGCGGCGGGGCGCGGGGGCCCCGGGGCGCGGGGGGCGGCGCCAUGCUGCGCUCGCUGCUGCUGCACGUGCUGCGCCUGUGCGCGCAGACGGCCUCGUGCGCCGCGCUCUUCCCGCGCUUCCUGGGCACGGCCUGCAUGCUCUGGCUGCUCGACUUCCUGUGCAUCCGCCAGCGCCUGCUGCGCCGCGGGCCCCCCGCGCCCCCCGAGCUGGACAGCGACGGCGAGGAGCUGCCCCCCGACGACCCGCCCGUGCGCGUGUCCGACGACAACCGGCUGUGCACGCUGGCGUCGCUGCGCGCCGUGUGGCACGGCCAGAAGCUGGACUUCUUCAAGCAGGCGCACGCGGGCGGCCCGGCGCCCAACUCGGAGGUGGUGCUGCCCGACGGCUUCCAGCGCCGCCGCAUCCUCGACUACGCGCGCGGGGACCGGCCGCUCGUGCUCAACUUCGGCAGCUGCACCUGACCCCCCUUCAUGGCGCGAAUGCGCGCCUUCCGCCGCCUGGUGGCGCAGUACCAGCGCGACGUGGACUUCCUCAUCGUGUACAUCGAGGAGGCGCACCCGUCCGACGGCUGGGUGACCAGCGACUCGCCCUACAGCAUCCCGCAGCACCGCAGCCUGGAGGAGCGGGUGAGCGCGGCGCGGCUGCUGCAGCGGGGCGCCCCGGGGUGCGCGUUGGUGCUGGACACCAUGGCCAACGCCAGCAGCUCGGCCUACGGCGCCUACUUCGAGCGCCUGUACGUCGUGCAGGCGGGCACCGUCAUGUACCAGGGCGGCCGCGGCCCCGACGGCUACCAGGUGUCGGAGCUGCGCGCCUGGCUGGAGCGCUACUCGGCGCGGCUGCGCGGCUCCCGGGCCCGCCCCGUGUAGGCGCUCGGACGGCCGGAGCUGCACCUCGGAAGACGGGCGCGGACUGCGCCCCGGACUGUGCCCGUGGGACUGGCCCUCGGGGCUCUGUGACUGGCCUCCGGACUCUGUGACUGUCCCGGCUCUGUCCCGCACCCUCGGACGGUGCCGUGGGACUGUCUCCCGGGCUCUGAGACAGCCCUCGGGCCUCCGUGACAGUCCCCCCAGGCCGUGUGGCUGCCCCGCCCCGGGCUCUGGAACUGCCCCCCCAAGCCGUUGGGACUGCGCCCGGGGCUCCGGGACCGUCCGCUGCCCUCCCCCUCUCCGCCCAGGGUGGCCGUUCCGCGCCCUCGCCGUGCGCCCUGGGCGCACGGAGGUUCCCGCGGCUCGGCCUCCACCCCCGCCCUCCCUGGCACCCGCACCUGUGGCGCGAGCAGGAGUCCCCUGCUGCUUUAAUGUCUGUGUCUUGUGUCUGACUGGGGGGGGGGGUCUCGGCGUGGGCGGGGGCCUGUCCCUUCUCCUUUUGGGGCGCUGCGCAGCCGCGCUGCUGAUGACGAACCCCCUCCAACUGGCCUGCCCACGAGCGGGUUCUGAGCCGCAGGGGCUAGUGGCGCCCAAAUCAAGAGGGGAAAGGGCCCCGGGGUCCGGGGAUGGGGGGGGGGGUGGAACUCAGGGGUGGGGGGUGGAGCGGGAGGAGGGCCGGGUCGAGCUUCAGGGAGAGAAGAGAAAGCCCAGGCGGGGCCGAGGGGGUUGGGCUCUGAGUCAGGCGGGGAGCUAGGGAGCCCUGGGUCCGAGUCAAGGAGGAGGGUCCCUAGAUGGAUGGACACUCGGCGCCGCGACAAUAAAGGCUUGGCUCCCGUG